AUGGCGACCAGCGGGGACCCAGAGGAGGAGCAGGUGGUUCCAAGCGAGGAGGAUGGAGCCGACGUGAGGGCCGUGCAGGCCCGGUACCUCCGGAGCCCCUCCCCCAGCCAGUACUCGAUGGUCUCAGAUGCAGAAACAGAAAGCAUUUUCAUGGAGCCCAUUCACCUCUCCUCAGCCGUUGCUGCCAAACAGAUCAUCAAUGAGGAACUCAAACCGCGGGGGGUCCGAGCAGACACAGAGUGUCCAGGCAUGCUGGAGUCCGCCGAGCAGCUGCUGGUGGAGGACCUGUACAACCGUGUCAGGGAGAAGAUGGAUGACACCAGCCUGUACAACACCCCCUGUGUCCUGGACCUCCAGCGGGCUCUGGCCCAGGACCGCCAAGAGGCCCCCUGGAACGAGGUGGAUGAGGUCUGGCCCAACGUCUUCAUAGCUGAGAAGAGUGUGGCUGUGAACAAGGGGAGGCUGAAGAGGCUGGGGAUUACCCACAUCCUGAAUGCUGCUCAUGGCACCGGCGUUUACACGGGCCCCGAAUUCUACACGGGCCUGGAGAUCCAGUACCUGGGUGUGGAGGUGGAUGACUUUCCCGAGGUGGACAUCUCCCAGCAUUUCCGGAAGGCUGCCGAGUUCCUCGAUGAAGCCCUGCUGACCUAUAGAGGUGAGGGGGUGGUCUGCCUGCUUCCACACGGGGAGAAGCAAUGUGGGGAAGGCUAUGAAAGCCUCCUGAUUAUCUGCCAUGUCUGCAGGGCAUCUGUCUUAGAAGGGUGUUGUGUGUGGGGUCAGCUCCGCGGCUCCCCGGGUGCAGCACGCGGCAGGCACCGCACGGCCGUCGCCCCCGCCGCAUCCCGGGGCCAGAGCGAGAGCCCGCGGGAGGAAGAGGACGGGUCGGUGCCCGGAGCUGCGCCGGCUCGAGCGGAGGCUCGUCCCUCGCGUGAUUCGAGCACGGGUGAACACCAGAAGCAGAGUAAACACCCUAAGUUGGGCACAUCGAAACAAACACCACGGAUGCCACCGCGGUCCGCCACCGCCAGCCACCUGAGCGGCCCCUCCGGGGGGAAGGCCAGCCGGGCCUCCGAGCCCCUCACGCUCACUGACGACGAGGAGGAGGAGACGCUGGACGAGGAGGGGAAGAAGGGACAGGGCCUCCGCACGGGCCGGGGCCCCCACGGUCGAGCCUCCUCUGGCCAGCGUGGGGAGGAGCCGGGGGACCGGGACGUGGACAGGAUCGUCCAGGAGUGGCAGAGCCGGAACGAGCGGUACCAAGCGGCAGCGGACUGGACCGGGGCUGGGGAGCAGGAAGCGGAGGAGGCGAGCGGGGCCGCCUCGCCCGUGGGGAGCUGGCGGAGGCGCACCUCGAGUGACAGCAGCCCCGCCGAGAGCGUGAGCAGCCGGGACAUCCGCGACCUGAAGCGGCAGCUGGAGAGGAGCUGUCAGCGCCGCGGUGGCAGACGCCGCGCCGACUCCGUGUCCACGGAGAGCACCUGGGACGUGUGGAACGAGAGGCUGCUGGAGAUUGAGAAGGAAGCUUCCUGGAGGUACCGCUCCAGGAGCAAGGCAGAGGAGGCGGACGCCAGCCCCGAGGCGGGCGGCAGGAGGCGGGACGACGACGGGGCCAGUGUGUCCUCGGAAGCCAGCUCCUUCUACAACUUCUGCAGCAGGAACAGGGACAGACUCACUGCCCUGGAACGGUGGAAGAUCAAGAGAAUCCAAUUUGGAUUUCACAGGAAAGACUCGGAGGCAGGAGACAGAGGCAGUGAGCAGGGCGCAGAGGAGGCUGCCGGGGAGGAGAGCCCCUCCGACGUCAGCCUCGCGGCCUACCAGGCCUGGAAGCUGGGACACCAGAAGAAGGUGGGCAGUGAGAACAAGGAGGAGGUGGCGGAGCUCAGCAAGGGAGAGGACUCGGCUUUGGCCAAGAAGAGGCAGCGGAGACUGGAGCUGCUGGAGAGAAGCCGGCAGACGCUGGAGGAGAGCCAGUCCAUGGGGAGCUGGGGGGCGGACAGCUCUGCUGCCAGCGGCAGCAUCCCCCUGGCUGCGUUCUGGUCUGCAGCCCCCUCGGUCAGUGCUGAUGGGGACACGGCAUCAGUACUCAGCAGUCAGGACCGCCGCUCCCACCUGUCUCAGGCUGCAAGCAGCAUAGGGGGAUGCUCGGCCCCCAAGCCCACCACACCCCUGCCUGACCUGCCAGUGGGGCCUGGAGACACCAUUUCCAUUGCCAGUAUCCAGAACUGGAUUGCCAGUGUAGUCAGUGAGACCCUCGCUCAGAAGCAAAAUGAGAUGCUGCUGUUGUCCCGUUCGCCAUCCGUUGUAAGCAUGAAGGCAGCGCCAGCGGCCAGCUGCCUGGGGGAUGACCAAGUUUCCCUGCUCAGUGGACAGAGCACCUCCUCCCUGGGUGGCUGCCUGCUGCCUCCGAGCCAGGCAAGAGCCAGCUCCGACACGCAGUCUGUGCUGUCCUCCAGCACCAUGCUGAGCUCGAGAGCCGAAGGGACUGGGAGCAAAGCGAGGGGGACCAGCAAGCCCAUUUACAGCCUGUUUGCUGACAACGUGGACCUGAAGGAGCUUGGCCGGAAGGAGAGGGAGAUGCAGGUGGAGCUGAGGGAGAAGAUGUCCGAGUACAAACUGGAGAAGCUGGCGUCAGACAACAAACGCAGCUCGCUUUUCAAGAAGAAGAAAAUCAAGGAAGGUGAGGACGAUGGCGUGGGUGAGAGGGACGAGGACACUGACAGUGCCAUAGGGAGCCUCCGAUAUUCUUCCCGCAGUAAUUCCCAAAAACCUGAAACAGACACCUCCUCCUCCCUGGCUGUCUCUGAUCACUACGCAAGUGGCAGCCAAGUUGGCAAAGAGAUAGACAGCAGCAUUAGCAAGUGGCUCAGUGGCAUCAGGACAGAGGAAAGAGCACCUCCCCAAAGUGACUGGUCCGGAAGCUCCAGGGGGAAGUACACCAGAUCGUCCCUGCUCCAGGAGACAGAGUCUAAAUCCUCCAGUUACAAGUUCUCCAAAACCCAGUCAGAGGAGCAGAACACCUCCUCCUACCACGAGGGAAAUGGCAGCUCUGUGAGAAGCACUUCGCGGUUCUCUUCUUCCUCCACCAGGGAGGGCAGAGAGGUGCACAAGUUCUCCAGGUCCACAUUCACUGAGACCUCAAACUCCCAAGAGGAAAGCCCAGAGCCCUACUUCUUCCGCCGGACCCCCGAGUCCUCCGAUGGGGAAGAGUCCCCCGAGCCACAGCGCCCCAACUGGGCCAGGCCUAGGGACUGGGAAGAUGUGGAAGAGUCAUCCAAGUCAGACUUCUCUGAAUUUGGAGCUAAGAGGAAAUUCACCCAGAGCUUCAUGAGGUCUGAGGAGGAGGGAGAGAAAGAGAGGACAGAAAACAGAGAAGAAGGGAGGUUUGCAUCUGGGCGGCGGUCUCAGUACCGGAGAAGCACGGACAGGGAGGAAGAGGAAGAAAUGGACGAUGAGGCCAUCAUUGCUGCUUGGAGACGCCGGCAAGAAGAAACCAGGACUAAGCUACAGAGAAGGAGGGAGGACUAGGCUGGGCAAGGCGGACCUGGGAGAGACGGAGACCCAGGGAGGAGGCAUUCAAUUUAGCCCAGGACUCAGGGCACACAUUGCCACCACCUGUCAAGGAAUGAGGAUGUGCAGAGGAUCUUCUGGGGAAUGGGGAGCACCAAACAGAAGGGCACUGGAAAUGAAGCAGGGAGGAGGAGAGCCAUCAGUGGAGGUCCGAAUGCUGGUCUAGCUGCCCCAUUUUCUGUUGCCCAGUACACACUAAGCUUUGGUGCUUCCCUUAUGUAUUUGCUAGUGUUUGUCACAGCCUAGAGAGGUGAGCUUGCAAAGGCACUGUAGUUUGUCGAAGACUCCAGCCCACAUCCAGGAAGGCUGUGAAAGCAGGCCAUGGUUCUGUUUGUAGAGGUUUUAUAAUGAGACCCAGGAAAUCUAUCCUGUGGCAAGCCUGACCUCUCCCGGCAAUGCUCUGUUUAUUUCUUUUUAAUGUUUCAGAUCUCUAUUAAACUGGUAUGUUGUCAAAUA